CGUCUACCCAUGACGCAGGCACCGCAACUCGACACGCGGCGAAGACAUGACUUUUCGCGUGACGGCAAUGCCAACUUGCGACUGCAACGUUGAGAAGAUUCUGGUGUUGAAGAGAGUCGUUGUCAAUUGGUGACAUGGAUAGCGCGUUCGGGACAGCUCAGCACGUCACGUCGUCACACGUCGAUGCUGGCGUCUGCCCCUCCACGUCCGUGUUUACUCCACAACCUCUCCAUGACCGCAAGAUAGCCUCUCUAUCUCCAAGUUGAAGAACCAAAAAUGCAUAUUCUAAUCACCAACGACGAUGGCCCGCCUUCAGACCAAUCCUCGCCAUACGUGCACUCGCUGGUAACCUCCCUCCAAGCCCAAGGCCACACCAUCUCUGUCGUCCUCCCGCACACCCAACGCUCCUGGAUAGGCAAAGCGCACCUGGUCGGGAAAGCCGUAAAACCCACCUACUUCCGGCCACAGCCCCUUCGAACGACGUCAACAGGCAAGCUGACCAACAGCGGCACGACGCACACUUCUCCCCUGCCCGCCCACAGCACAGAAGAAGAAUGGGUGCUCGUCGACAGCACGCCAGCAUCCUGCGUCCAGAUUGGCCUGUACCACUACUUCAACGACCGGGGCCCAAUUGAUCUCGUCGUCAGCGGGCCAAACUACGGCCGCAACAGCACGGCCCUGUUCUCGCUGUCCUCGGGCACAGUGGGUGGCGCAAUGGAAGCAGCCGUCUGCGGCAUGAAGAGCAUCGCGCUGAGCUACGCCUUCUUCGACCGCAACCACGACGCGAGCAUUAUCACGGGCGCCUCUGCCCUCAGUGCGAAGAUAAUCCAAUACCUAUAUGAUAACUGGGACCCAGAAACACACUUGUACUCCGUCAACGUGCCGCUUGUCGAGAACGUCGGUGACAGGAAAGUCCUUUGGACGCACAUGCUGCAGAACAAGUGGAAAUCAGGAUCCUGCUUCCAGGUCGUGGAUGUCCCGCCCGACGCGGACGACACACCCGAGGACACGGAGAACGCGAUUCGCAAACAGGAGGAAAAGCUGGGCAAGGCGGAGCUGCGCGGGAACACGGAUGGUGUGCUGGAGAGUGAGACGAAUAGUGGGGCGGGAACGCCGUUGGACCGGCCCCAUGUGAGGUACACGCAUAAGCACUUCAAGUGGGCGCCUUCGUUCAAGGACGUGUAUGAGAGUGUUGAGGAGAGCGAGCCCGGGAAUGAUGGAUGGGCUGUUGCGCAGGGGUAUACGAGUGUGACGCCGUUGAAGGCGUGUUUUAUGCAUGUUGGGAGUGGCGUGCAGGGAGAGAUUAAGCUGUAGUGCAGUAGAGGGGAUCGAGCGUUGUGCAUGUGUUGGAGUAGGGAAUAUCAGUCGUUGUGCCAGAUGCAUACACAAACCUGGAAAUCACAUAUUGAACACUGCUCCCUCUCUCUCUCUUUCUCAAUUGGUCAAAAUGUUUGGAAUCCAGCUACCUUCUUCUUCUCUGCACACGACGCAACGAAACG